AAAAAAAAUGCUGCACCCUUUCAUGGACCUUUUUGUACAUUACGUGACAGAACAAACGAAUAUUCUUUCUUUACUCUUCUCUCUCUCUCUCUCUCGUUCCUCUCCAAUUUCUCCAAUUCCAUAAGGACAAAGAGGAGAGGAACGCAAAGAGGAAGAGAAGUGUCUCUGAAGCAAAGAAGAACAAAGAGGGACACAAACUUCUUCACCGAAAGAAAUUGACGUGAACAGUUGAUCAUCUAUUUAUACUUCUUUUCUUCUUUUUUUUUUUUCCUUCCCUUCUGUUUUGCAAAUUUGGUGUAGAAUUGAACCGACAAAUUCGAUAUCUGGAAAAAAAAGAUUAAAAAUUAAAAAAAAAAAACUGGUGGUACUCUGUGAUUUGAAAGAUCAUGGUGGGAAGCAAGGGGACAGCUGUUGCAGCAGCUCAGGCGGCCAAUGGUGGCGCCAAUGUAAAUGAUAAGGCCAAGUUUCAGUUCUGGGAGGUGAUGGCUGCAUGCGGUGUCGUAUUGGGUUUCCUCUUGGGACUUGGUGCUGUAUAUUUCACCUUGCCCGCUUCAGAUUACAGCUUCCUUAAGCUUCCCCGCACUCUUGAAGACAUCCAGAUUCUCAGGGAUAACUUGGAGAGCUAUACUAGUGACUACACUGCGCAAGUUCUCAUUGGCUACUGUGUGGUCUAUAUUUUCAUGCAGACUUUUAUGAUUCCAGGAACCGUUUUUAUGUCAUUGCUUGCUGGGGCUCUUUUUGGGGUCUUCAGAGGUGUUGCUCUUGUUGUCUUCACUGCUACUGCUGGUGCAUCUUCUUGCUAUUUCCUUUCAAAAUUGAUUGGACGGCCUCUUGUCUUCUCUCUAUGGCCUGAUAAAUUGACAUUUUUCCAGGCAGAGGUGGCUAAAAGGAAAAACCGGCUGCUUAACUACAUGCUGUUCUUAAGAGUAACACCAACAUUGCCAAAUACAUUCAUAAAUGUUGCUUCACCAAUUGUGGAUAUACCUUACCAUAUCUUCUUCUUAGCAACUGCCAUUGGGAUCAUUCCAGCUGCAUAUGUCACAGUCAGGGCUGGAAUAGCUCUAGGUGAUCUGAAAUCGCUGGGUGAUCUCUACGAUUUUCAAUCUAUAGCGACAUUAUUUCUAAUUGGGGCCAUAAGUAUUACUCCUACCUUGUUAAGGAGCAAGAGCGAAUAGCGUCAUGAAUCAGCUACUUGUGCUGUUAGACCUUGUACUCGUGUAAACCAUGUUUAGGCAUCUUCCAGUUGUACAUAUCUGCAUCAAAUGAACUUUUUAAUCUACCGAAUGGUUUCAGCUUUGACAGCUUUACCGUGGCAUGACAUCUCUGUUAUGGUACAUAUUGCUUAAAACCCUACCCUUGCAAACUUGGCGUUAACUGUGCCCUGUAGAAUGUAGAUAGAUAAAUUCAUAUUCGCAACAGUAGUUUCAGAGUUUAUACUCCUCUUUAAGAAUUCUAUAUUUUCUAUUCCUCGAAGAGACUACUUGUGUCUUUAAAAGGGGAUUUUACCCCUUUGUGUUCCUUUUUUAAUCAUGAAGGAAAAAGCUUC